GUUCUUCCCUCCUCCCCGCAGCCCGGACCGUGCCUGAGCCGCGGAGACCUUUGCCCCCGGCGGGCGCCGCCGAUAAACGGGUUUUUUUACUCUGGGGAUAAAGCCAUGGCUGAAAUGAGUGAUAUCAAUGUACAAAAACUAAACGUUGUUCAGCAAGCAAUAGCCUCUUGUUGUGGAGCUAUAAUUACAUCAUUAUUUGUAACUCCUCUUGAUGUUAUCAAAACUCGACUGCAAGCCCAAAGGAAUCCAUUUCAUGAAGGAAAGUGUUUUGUAUACUCCAAUGGCCUUAUGGAUCAUGUAUAUGUUUGUGAAAAUGUGGACAGCAAAGCCUAUUAUAAAAAACCUGGGCAUUUCAAAGGAACAUUGGAUGCAUUUGUGAAAAUUAUUAGAAUAGAGGGAAUUAAGUCACUGUGGAGUGGGCUUCCCCCAACACUAAUAAUGGCAGUUCCUACCACAGCAAUCUAUUUUACCUGCUACGAUCAGCUGUGUGAAGCUUUGAAAAACAGACCAGGAAAGCAUGAUGAGCACAUUCCAGUUAUUGCAGGUUCCUUAAGCAGGUUUGGUUCUUCCACUGUGGUGAGUCCCCUGGAGCUGAUCAGAACUCAAAUGCAGUAUCGCAGGUCGUCCUACAAGCAGCUGUACCUGCGUAUCAGCACCAAAGUGGCUGCAGAUGGGUGGUUCUCCCUGUGGCAGGGCUGGACUUCUACUGUUCUGAGAGAUGUCCCUUUCUCAGCAAUGUAUUGGUAUAAUUAUGAACGUUUCAAGAAGAUGAUGUGCAAGGAAGUUGGUGCAAAUGAAUAUACAUUUUUUGUUUCUUUUACUUCAGGAGCAGCAUCUGGCUCUAUUGCAGCUGUUGUAACUCAGCCAUUUGAUGUAGUGAAAACACAUAGGCAGAUUCAACUUUGGGAGAAUGAGACCUUAAAAAUUCCACAGAGGGACAGUAAAUCAACCUGGGCAGUUAUGAGGAAAAUUGCUGCCGGAAAUGGGAUUACUGGAUUAUUUGCCGGUAUUACUCCACGGCUGUUUAAAGUUGCUCCUGCUUGUGCCAUAAUGAUCAGCACGUACGAAUAUGGAAAGUCUUUCUUUUCUCAUUUAAAUGAAAAAAAGAAUCAACAUCCGUAAUUCUUCUUCGUCCAAUUGUAUGAAGGCAAAGUAUAUGAUGGAAGUUGUGCCAAAGUUAAAUCUGUCAAGAUGUGUUUUAGAAUUCCCAGUGAAUUUCUACCGUUACAUUUGCUGGAGAGAAAAAAAAAAAGGAAGGAAGAACAAAAGAAAACAAGAAAGGAGAAAGAGAAGAAAAAUUGAGGCUGGAUAUAGCAAUGAAGAAUAAUGACUUCCACCUGUGUUAAAUUUUAAACAUUCAUGAUUAAACAUUUUAGCUGAGUUUUAAAAUUAUGUUUAAAAAUGUUUUGGCUUUCUAAUCGUAAGAUAUAUUUCUCAGCAAGGAGGUUGAUACAGAGUGAAUUCAAUAAAUACUUAUUUAUUCUU